CGGCCAGGGUGCAGGAGGCCCCAGCCCUUGCGUGGAGCUGAGAUGACACAGUCGUAGCGCAGGAAGCGGCAGCCACCUCCCUGGGGAGAGAAGAAGGGAUGGAGAUGGAUGAAAGCAAGUGGCUCUACAAGCUAUUCAGAUGGUUGAUCAAAUUAACAUAAAGGCAUCUCUACAGAGCCGGGGAGAAGCUCUAGGGGUUGUCUUUGUGACGAUGACAGCCUCAGAAGGCCCAAAAGAAAAUGUUUUUCGAAAGACCACUGGCACCACCUCUUUAAAAGGACCCAUUUCGGGGAGUCCUACAAAUACACAGCGACACUGAGGCCGGAAGUAGCCUUGCCCUUAUGAAAUAUGGCGGAAAGCGUGCUCGUCUCCAAGGGAACAUCCCGUAAUGAGUCACAGCGUUGGAAUUAUUCUACGCACGCGCAGAAGCACAAGCGCCGGAAAUGGUGGUGCCCCUACCAACGCGAGUAGUUUAGUGCGCGUGCGCAGUCGACUCUUCCGCCAGCUGCGUGUAGAAAUGGUGGAGAAGAAAACUUCGGGAAAUCAGAUUGCCAAGUUCAAGUAUCAAGGCCAGUGUGUUAAGGUGCCAGUGGAGCCGGAAGUCCUGAAUGUACAGUGGUCUCCAUCAGCAUGGUUGUGUGAGAGGCCUCCAAGAGACAUUUCACUGUUGGGCCUGAGGUUGGCAGGACAGGCUGGGACCAAAGUUCGCUCCCAGGACCCUGGACAGCGGCGGGUGCUGGACCGGGCUGCCCGGCAGCGCCGCAUCAACAGGCAGCUCGAGGCCUUGGAGAAUGACAACUUCCAGGAUGACCCCCAUGCAGGACUCCCCCAGCUCGGAAAGAGGCUGCCCCAGUUUGAUGAUGAUGCAGACACUGGAAAGAAAAAGAAGAAAACCCGAGGUGAUCAUUUUAAACUUCGCUUCCGAAAAAACUUCCAGGCCUUGCUAGAGGAGCAGAACCUGAGCGUGGCCGAGGGCCCCAAUUACCUGACUGCUUGUGCAGGACCCCCAUCCCGGCCCCAGCGCCCCUUCUGUGCUGUCUGUGGCUUCCCCUCCCCGUACACUUGUGUUAGCUGUGGUGCCCGGUACUGCACUGUGCGCUGUCUGGGCACCCACCAGGAGACCAGAUGCCUGAAGUGGACUGUGUGAGCCUGGUUUGUUCCUGGAGAGGAACAACCUGGAGAGGAACAUGCAUCACCCUGACCUCAAGAAAGGGCAUCACCAAAAGCAGGGUGCUCCGCCUGAACCGAGAGAGGAGUGGUUCACUUACCCAAUAGAGUUUGUGUCUUACCUUCCAGGAAAGAGGAGUCUGGACUCCCGGGGACUGUGAGCUAAUAGAUUACUGUGUAAUAAAAGGUCUCAUGCAAGGAGGAGCUGACCUGUUUGGUCACAUAGUAUUGUGGAAGUGAGGUUCAUGGGUCACCUGUCUCUCCUACCCUCUGCCAUGUGUCUCUAUGUCUUUCUCUGUUUCCUAUCAGUCAGCCCUCUCACUCUCUUCCCCCUGGGUCGUAACCAUGAACUGUUUUGUCCCAUUCUCCUGCCAUCCCCAUGUCUCUGCAUUUCUUGGCUACUUUUUGAUUCUACUCUUUUUAAAUUUAGUCCUUUUGUUUUUGCUUCUUGUUUAUCUAGUUCCCCAGAGUAUCAGUUGAAUACAAGUAGAUUCCAGGACUGGGAGACAGAAAAGUAGGGUCAUUUGGGGACAGAGGUGCAGAUACUGCAGGAGGAGCUGGCCCUGUCUUCAUCCUCUGGUACCUAAUCCAAUGGAAGAGCUUAGCUGCUGCCUUUGGUGCUGCCAGGCUUCGGGAAGAGCUUUCCCGAGUAAGCUCUUGUUUUCAGGGGUUGUGGUAUCUGAAACUAUUAGUAGCAGAGAAAACCCAGUAGCUUCUGAGGAUACAGGGUAAUUCACAGCAUAGAGAGUCCUUCUUUUGGUGACCCUGCAUCUGGGACUCUUGUACAGUUUUAGAACUUCUUAUACAUGCCUUCUCUAAGUGGUUUGCAAGCUGCAAGCUUGUAAGCGCCUUGAAAUUGCUGUCUUAAGCCUGCUGCCCUGUUGGAACAUAGUAGCAAAGCAGAUGCUUAGGAAGUAUUUGUUGAAAAAUGACCUCAGUGUGAAUAUGAAUGAGAUCCAGCAAAAGUGGUGUUAGACUUCUUUUUUUUAGUUAUUCUCCCCACAUUGGGGGGCUUUCCUGAGGCUGGCCCAAGUAUUCUGGUGUCAUCCUGAGGAACUGGUUACUCUUUCUCUGCAGACUUGCAGUUGGACAAGUAACUUGGUGACAGCUUCAUGUUGGAUGGCGCUGAGGACAGGGAUUUGAAGUGCCCUAAAUGUGGCGGUUUUAAAAGAUGGCUAUCCUUUCAUCAAAAGGUGGGGUCUUCUCCCCUGAGUUCUGGGUGAACUUAUGUCUGCUUCAACCAGUAGACAGUGGCAGAAGUGAGACCAAAUGACAUUCAAGGCUAGGCUGUAAAAGACAGUGCAGGGGCUGCCUUGUCCCUAGGACACUUGUUUUUGGAGUGCUCAGCCACCAUGUAAAAUAUCCAAGGCCGUCUGCGAGGUAGCCCAGCAUUCCGGUUGACUGACCCAGCAGAGCUAAGCCUUCCAGCUGUCCUAGUCCUAAGCUUCCAUCACACGAUGAAGAUGCGUCCUGAUAAUUCCAGCCCCUGGGUAUCAAGUCAUCCUCAGCCACUGGAGUCUUCCCAGCUGUGUUGUCCACGCCAGGCAGCAGACACAAGCCAUCUUUGUCGUGCCCUGUCUCAGCUCCUGGCCACAGACUCUGCACAUGUAAUAAAGUGGUCUGUAGCAUUGAGUCUUGGGUGGUUCAUUAUGUAGCAGUAGUAACUGGGACACCAGGAAUCCAGUUUGCUGAUUGCUAAGUCCCAGACUAGCUUAUUGUUUUUCUCCCAAGUAGGGAAGCUUCCCUGGGUCCUAACCCUUCUAUUUUCUUCUUCACCAAGAAGCACAUUCAAGAAGAAAAAUAGGAGCGAAUUUCUGGGCUGAGAAAUAGCAUCUGUGCUUCACUGUGAUCACCUGCAUCUGAGUUCCUCUCAGAUUUACACUGAGACAGCAGUUUCUUUGGUUUAUUUCCUAAAUUCACUGACUUUGCUUCAUAUUUUGUUGUGAUAGAAUCACUUAGAUUCUGCUUUCUGUUAAGAUUUGUCUACUCAGUGAUGCACUCAGCCCUCCCCAAUUGGUCUUGGUGGGACAGAGCCAGACCCAAUGCCUCCUUGGUCUCUGCUGCUCUGAUGUUGAUUGGGUCCACUAGUCAUCCUCCAGGAAGCUCUUCCAGGAUGUCUGGAUCCCACUUAAAGCCAUAACUUGCCAAGGAAAGCUUCAAUCAAAUUUUACCAGCUUCCUGCGUGCUGGAGUAGACUUGGUCCCCACCUUGAAAGAUGCCUGGGUCUUUGGGGAAUCUACAUUAUGCUAAAAGCUUCUAGAUGCUUGACCCAGUGUCAUAUGGUGGGGUGGCUCAGUCCCUUCCUGGCACAAGGGCAGCAGAGGCUCAUGCUGGGAUCAGGAAGGCUGGGGAAUGGGGGGCUUGAACCUAAAGACCUCAAUGAGCAUUGAAUUUAAUUGAUUUAGAUUAGUUUGGAGCCAGGAAUUCUGGGAAGCAGGCCAGUUGUGUCUUUAGUCUUGAAAUCUUGGUCCCACUCCUUAUUGACUGUGUAGUUGGGACAGGUUACUUUGCCUCUCUGGCUUGUUAGGCUGCCUCCAGAUACCAUGAGAAUUAAAUAGAUCACAUUUAACUUAGUGCCUGGUGCCUGGCAACUACUGAGUAACGGAUAGUUUUUUACAUCACUGCCCAGGAUCGAAAGCAGUUUGUCAUUAAGCUUUUUCACAGCCAGUUCCCUCAAAGACAGGAUGUUCCUUGGAACUGCCCCAACCCCUAGCCCCUGUCUGGAAACUAACUGCUUACAUUCCUGUUUGCUCCUAGCUUAUAAAUUCUUUGAUGGUGGGGGCCAUGUCUUAGUGUCCAUUCAACCUUCCAGCAAAAAAGAUAAGUGUUGUUAGGAAGCAUGUGUCAGUAGCCCUUUAUAGCCUUGUGAUCAUGCAUGGUGGACAAAGAAAUUGAAACUUAACCUAGUGACUAUAUUAAGGCGCAUACUUAAAUGCUCAAAUGUGAAAUCUGGUUCAACUUAGUUUUUCUGAAAGGGGAGAGGAGAAGAGGCGGAAGCUGUGGGCUGGGG